AUGGCGCCCCGGAUACCCACAGAAGCCGACUUUGCGCCGCUCGCGUCGAGGCUCCGUCAUACGCUCCACUUUCCAUCACCGCGGGAAUCGACAACGGCCAUCCUCAUCCUCUUCCACGGCCUGGGGGACUCCGAGGCGCCCUUUGCCGGCUUCGCACGCAGCAUUGCCCUGCCCGGCGUGCUCGCCAUCUCCGUGCGUGGCACCACCCCGCUGCAGCCCAGCCUGCUACCCGACGAUGCCGUGCUGCGCGCGGGCAGCGGUGCCGGUGGCCACUUUCACUGGGGAGAUGACCUGCGCAUCGAUCCCGCCACCGGGGAGCUCGACCCCGACCCGGGCUUCGAACGGGCGAGAAAAGCCAUCAUGGAGGACCUAGUAGCGGACAUCCUUGUGGGAACGUGCGGCUGGGAGCUGUCCGACGUCAUCCUCUUCGGCUUCGGCCAGGGUGGCUCGCUCGCCCUCGGCCUCGCUUCUUCCCUCCGCAAGGCCGACCAGGUUGUCGACGUUACUGAUGGUGGUGGGCCGAAACCCAUGACGUUGAAAGGCGCCGUCUCCAUCGGCGGCCCGCUGCCCACAUCCAUGAUCCCCACGCGUGAAGCGCGGCCAAGAAGCGAUACGAGCGUCCUUGUUUGCCAGCUGGACGAGGGAGAUGCCGUCGACGUGGUCAAGCGCGAGUUCAGCGACGUUCGCGUCGUCCAGUGGAAGAGAAGGGACGUGGCGAUGCCCCGUGACAGGGAGGAGGUGUUUCCCAUUAUGAAGUUUUUUGCCGAUCGAUUGAAAAGCGGGUGGUAA